AAGCACAUUACCGACAGGGGGCGCCCUCUGACACAUGGCUAUGGCAGUCGAGAUGCUGGUACUAGGGAGGGAAGUGAUGUCAGACGUUUUAAACAAGGAAGACGGCGGGCUAGGUCUUUGCUGUAAACACGCAUUUUUUUCCUGAUGGCACGGAUCAUUUGGCCGUAAAAAUGAUAAACGAUAAUUGAUUUUAAUAUAUUUAUUUUGUUUUAUGAGUUGGAUUUAAAAAAAAACAAUAUCGCCUUGUUUUUUAAUUUGGGGGGUGUGAAAUGGAUGCCAAUAAAAUAAUUGAAGAGGCCCUGUACGAGUUCAUCCAGUCCUACAUCCCCAGUGCUGACCUGAGCACGCUGGAUGAUGUCAUUCUCUCCUACAUCACGGGGGUCCUGGAAGACCUGGGCUCUCAGGAGAGUGUGGAGGAGAACUUCGACGUGGAGGUCUUUGUGGAAAUGCUGGAGGCGUACAUUCCUGGCUUUGCCGAGGUUGACAGUGUGAAAGUCUGUGAGAUGAUGUUUAGCCUGGCAACACGUCUAGCUACAGCCCGGAACCAAGCUAACAGCCCCCCAAAGACUCCAGGAGGGGCUUCAUCAUCUCCAGACAGCCCUUGCAGGAAAGAGACAGCUUCGAGCAGCGAACACUACUUCUCAGCACCGGCAGAGGGCGCUACAGCCACGGAUUCCAUGAACGACGGGGACAGCCAAGUGCGCCUCCUUGUGGAGAUGUUCCCAAAGUGCAGCGUGACCGAAGCCAGGAGCGCCCUGUCCAUCGCCAAGUGGGACAUGGAAGAGGCUGUCCGGCUCAUCGUAGAGGGCGACGUGCAGCUCAGCCAGACUCCUCCUCUCAAGGUAAAGCAGGUAAACCGUGGUAAAACGGCUCCUCCACAACCUGAUGAGAAGCUGAAAGCAAGCAUUCUGGAGAAGUAUAUGUUAGUGGACAAUGAGGAAGAUAAGAAAAUUCACAGGCCUGUUACACCUAAGGAGGCUCCGAAGAAGCUGAUUCGAUACCAUGGUAACCAGGUGGUGACCACCAAGGGCGAGCGAUACCAGCAAGUCAAGAAAGAGGAGAGUGAGGAAAUGAAGAAAACCUAUAUCAGCCUCAAACCUGCCCGUAAAUACAGAUUCCACUGACUCUGCCCCGGCCUCCUCGACUGUAGCUCCAUAUCCCGAAGAAAACAAAGAGUGAUGGUUUUGUGUAGCAUUUCCAGGUGUCCCCAGGUGGGUCCUGCAGAAGUUAGGUAGCAGUCUGUUUUUUCCACGUUGUUUUGCUUCGUCUGAACUGAGGGGGUCAGCUAAGCUAAGGUCUGAAAGUGUCCAUACAGCACAAAAACCAGAAAGACCUGGACCAAGACCGCACUCCUGAAGGGAUGAGCUGGCUCUCUUCUUGUUUUAUGUUUUCACUGAGUUCAGUUUUUUACACUGAUGCAUUUAGUCUAGGUUUAAGGUUAUUUUUAGGUUUAAAUUCGAGACAUCUACUGCAGGUAUCUUUGGCACUGCCGGGCAUUUAAAUUCAUGUUUUACUACUAGAUGUCCCCAAUACAGUGCUAAGGGUUUUUCAGGGUAAACUGAAUUUUAUACUUUACUCAAAUAAUUUAAAAUAAAAAAAAUCGAAUUUGAUCAUUAAUCUUAAUAAAGUAUAGUACAUUUCUACUGGGUAGAAGCAUUGAACAUGUGUAAAGGCAGUUAGCAGGGUGUACAUGAGAGGAUGUCAAUCUCCCAGAUCGUUUAGGAAAAUGGCUGCAUCAUAUAAACCCCUAUAAGUCAAAUAACUUGUACUAUAACAGGGAUGAGGUAAUUAAACCUGCAUUCUUGUUUAGUUACUAGCAGCUCAAUGGCCUGAGGAUCCAAGGGACACUGUCACCUUGUCUUCUGAACAUUGUCUUCCAUGCAGGCCUGUCUGCAAUUUUCAAACAUCUUAUCCUCUCUACAUUCUUACAUCAGUAAUGAAGGUGGCCGACUAUCUCCUGACAUGCAUCAAUGUGGAAGCACAGAACACACCAGGCAUCCAAUUCUUCAUGGGGUGGUAGAUUCCACCAUAUAUAUAUAUAUUACAUGACUCUGGUAUUCAAAAAAAUGAUCUUUUCACUGUAGUCCUCUGAGGAAAGUCAUUUCUCAGGACUCUGUACUGGGGGAAGGAAAUGCCUUUCACCAAGUGUGCACGCUUCUUCUUAAAUACUGAAAAGUGCACGGUGUCUUUUUUUAUAAUCAAGUCAUACACUGAAACAGUUUGAAAGGAUUUGUCCUGAGCACAAGUAAGGGUAGCAGAUCAAGGUCUACUCCAGCAUCGCAAUUCCCAGUCCUAGGGAAUGGCUCAUUUUCCAACAUCUUAUAUAUCUUAAUAGGAGUCACUUUUUUACUUGGCUUUAUAUUGCAGUAUUAGAUUUCCUUAUUGGCUGGUCUUUGACUCAUCCAGUUGGGGUCAGGCCAAGGCCUAGGCAAUGCCAAGACUUGGACCACUUGGCCUGUUCUGUCCCUGUCAUUUUGAAUGGACACAUCCCCUUUUCUCUGUCAGCAAAGGGAAAACCCAUCAAGUACUGUCUACUGUAUAAUGUGUGACUGGGGGAGCUGGAGUUUUGUGUACCUGUUUACAUUAGUUUUAAGUAAAUCUUUUGAUGCCUUUGUGAAACGCAUCACAAUAUUACAUUUCUCAGUGACAAAAAUAACUUUGUAGCUCUUGUCACUGCCAUUAGCUCAACAGAUAAGCACAGUUUACGAAGAUACCAAAAGGCACAAUUUCUGCUAGUACCACACUAAGCAGUUAGACAUCAGAGACUUCUAUAAUCCAAAGUAAGGUCCUACUGAAACACAAAACUUUAUUAUGCCAUUUUUCCAUUUGUGUAAAACAGUCUCUGUAACAAUAUUGAAUAACUCAGACAUUUAUUUCUGAGUACCAGACAGAUUUUCACUUAAAAAAACUGACUUUUUGUUCUUCUUGAGAUUUUUUUCUUCAUGUUAAUAAUGUUACUUCCACUGUUUCCUUUCAAUGUAGUGUGUUUAUCCUGCAUCCUCUCUUUACUACAGCAGAUUAGUUUUUUGACAUGUUUCAGUAGUAUUAAGUACAGUUGCACUGCUUAAUAUUCAGUUGUUUUGCAUGUUUUUAAACAGUGAUCCUUAGUUUAAAAUGGAGUCAUAUUAACUGCAGCACAAGUAUUUGAGUUAAUUUCUCUAUUUUGUAUUUUUUAAACUUAUUAUAAUGUGGAUUUUUUUUUGUGGUGGACCAACAUGUGAGUGAAUUUUGUGCCCUGUAAUAAAAAUAUAUAUUGUGUCACCUCAAGAAAUACAAAUUAAAGUGCAAACCCACAAAGUCAUGAAAGUGACAAUAA